AAAAAAUCCUCAAUUGUAUUAUAUGCAGACAAAGACGACGCCGUCGUGUCAGACCUUAAGGGAAUACCUUACGGAAUUAAUUUUGUUUCUCAAUUUAUACCGUUUUUCAAGGACAAAACUUAAUAAAGACUGCUGAAAUUGAAAUUCACAUUAUGUAGUUCUAGGUAAAUCAGAAGAAGAAAAAUGUGUAAAUCAUUUUAUAAAAAAGGAAAAAAAUCUAAAUUUCGCAGGAACACACGUUUCCCGAAUUACAUGUUUAUAAAUUUUCAACUUAAUCCGACAUUGGAAAGUUCUGUUUUGGUGGCAUCAUUGUUACGGUCAAAGCCUACUUAAUUUUCGACUUGUACUAAUAAGCCUCAUCGUCGAGCAAAGGUUAAUUAGUACAAAAUUAAAAAAAAUGUAGCAGGUUGUUUGUUUGAUGUACGCAAUUUUUAUGUGAGGAUUUUGAAAAUUACAUUCAUUUUCUUUAAAAAAGUUGAGAAAGAGCUGCGGCACAUGAAAGAAAAUAAAUUCGGGAAAGGUGUAUUAGUUUUGGCAAAUUUCGCGAUUCGCGGGAUUCCCAAAAAUUUUCGCGUGAACUAAUUUUCGCUUUUCCUUAAAGACGUAAAACUAACCUUGUCCUUAGGGCUGGUUAUGUUUUUUUUAUAUUUGACAAAAUCUGAACAAGGCAUAGAAAAGCCCUGUGGAUGAGUUAAGUCAUUAUUAUUAACUUGAGAUCCGAUCUCGGUCAAUGAAAAUUAAUGUAACAUGAGCGUUCUUCUGAUAUAUUUUAGAGUGCCUUAUACUGGGGUGAGUCAAAAUCAAGGCAGAGUACGCCAUGAUUUUUAGCUUAAAAAAGUACCAAGGUAUCAGAGUUUCCGUAGAACUGCAACUCGCAAAUGAAAAAAAGUCAAAGCAAGUGAGGUGCAUCGUUCUUUCCCUUCCAAAUACCACGAUCUUAAAAUCAUAAAAUUUACCAAUGUUGUGAAAGCUAGCCCGUUAGCAACUUUAUCUAAAUGUAUGAAAGUGAAUUCUUUUUCAAGAAUAUAGAAAAUGUUUUUGUGUGUUGUUACCUGCAUUCGCAUUAGAAAAUGUUUUCAUUUUCCUGAUCAUUGAAAUUUUCUCGAUUUGCCAAACUUGUAAAAGAUUUAAUCAAUUUUAAGGAACUACAGAAGCAGGAAGUAGAAGGGUCGAUUAGUAAUCUGUAAACGUUUACGUUUAUAGUUCUGAACGUAAAUACGCUUCUAUUUUGACGUUAUGCAUGAGUGGGUAUGUGCUGAACGAUAAAUUGUAUUCUGUAAAACAUGGCGCUGAAGCUGUGUAUAUUUAUUCUACUACAUAUUGAUCAAAUUAUGUUAACUUUAGCAAGCUCUUUAUAUGGAUCGGGUCAGCAAAUUCCACCUCUUAAAAACUACAACGUGAAAGGUACAGAAUCAGCCACACAUGUGAAACGCAUACUGGCGUUUGGUGAUUCCAUCACGGAAGGUUACACGAAAGCAAAUGGUCCACUGCAAUUUUUUCCAUACUCAACUAAAUUAGAAGAACUUUUAAAUGCUCAUGCAACAGGCACACGAUUUGAAGUUAUCAAUGAAGGUGUAAGUGGAGAGUGUGUGUACAUCGAGAUGGCUACGAGACUGCCACAUGUUUUAAAACAGUAUGCAAAAAAUCUAGCUGUUGUUAUAAUAUUAGGAGGAACAAAUGAUUUGCGAACUUUAGAUUGUGAAAAAGAUGUCAACGUGGCGUAUGAGUUGCAAAACCUUCACGAUAUGGUUCAUAAACAUGGCAUAAAAACAGUAGCUGUCACAAUACCGGAAGCCGAAGAAAAUGACGCGAGUAUCGCCAAGUAUGAUUUUGACAAGUAUGAACUGAUUUGGAACACAACAAAUAAUAAAAUUCGACAGUACGCUUUGACUCAUGGGGAUACAACUUUAUUAUGCGAUUUAGCAAAAGAAUUCCCGAUGAAAAAAUUAAGCGAAGCUAAUCGACAGAAACACUGGGGUGACAACUUACAUCCAACGAAGUUGGGAUAUAAAAAAGUGGCAAGACUUUUCUUUGAUAUCCUACAAAAGGAAUUUGGACUCUUAUCAACACCAAUCGGUCGAACUAACGUUCAUGAGGACCUUGCAUCACAGAAACAAGCAAGUUCAAAUUGACUGACAUACAUGAAACGAAAUAAAAGCGCGUUUUAUCCUGAUAUUAAAAACGCUACAGGGCCUGGGAACGAGGUUACGAUGUAAAAAGCAAAAUGGUAAAAACAAAUCAAGACACCUAUUCAGCGAACCGAUAAAAUUUGUAUGGAAAAUACCAUAAUUAUCUGAAUGAUAUCUUCAUUGCAGCUAUUAUGUUAAAAAGACGACGUUAUGAAAA